AUGGCGGCGAAGUCGUCUCGGUGAAAGUUCUCUGUGGACGACAUCAUUGCUGUUUCAACAGUCCAAUUCAACUCACGUCACUGACUCGGUCAGAUUGUCAGCUCUUGGAUGAGUCAAAAAGUAGAAAAGCCGUCGCUUUCAGGGCAACGUAUCAAAACUCGGAAGAGGGAUGAAAAGGAGAAGUACGAUACUAUUGGCUUCCGCGACGCUAUCCUGACUGGUUUUGAGAACAACAAGUGUGUUGCAUCGGAUCUUGACGGUGUGCAUAAGUAUCUCGAUUCGGCUGGGAACAAACUCGAUUACCGUAGAUACGCCGAAGUACUUUUCGACUUGAUUAUCGCUGGAGGAAUCCUCGCUCCUGGGGGCAGCGUUCUCAAGGAUGCACGCAGUGAUGGUCAGCCCGGCACAACGGAGAUUUGCGUGUUCUGCGCAAAAGACGAUCCUCAUCUGAAGGGGUUCGCGAACCUGUUUGUGAAACUCAUCCGCAGGUACAAAUACCUCGAACGGUCGCUGGAAGAUUCGUUCGGUAAAGUUCUCAUGUUCCUGAGAGGCAUCGAGCCAGAACAGCGUCAGAAACUUGCCACCGUGAGCGCACUACUGUUUUCUGUUGGAUUGAUUCCCCCGUCGGUUCUCACCAAACUGCUCCAGGAUCACAUCGUGAAAGAUGGACUCGCAUUUGCUUUCCUUAUGGACUGUCUCAAGAGGUGGGCCGAGGAGAAAGACGCCGCCACCAUUUGGAGCACCCUCAGACGUUGCCAGCUGGAGCAGAAGCUCCUCGACUUCAUGCCAAUCGCGAAGAGGAACGAGGCCAACCUAACCCUCGCGCUCAGCGAGAACGGUCUCCAGGCAUUGGUCGAUUUCCACAAGGCUCAUGCUUGCCAGUCGGUCAAGCGAGAGAUCCAGACGACGGUCUCGUACAUGAUCGAAGAGAACGUUUCCAGAGACAAAAUAAUUGAAGAGAUUACCCAGAAAAGCCAAACCUAUGGCCUCACCGACGCUGAUGUUGUUGUUCUCUUGUGGAACACUCUCAUGAACGUGAAGGAAUGGAACAAGAAAGAGGAGCUCGCUGCCGAGCAGAGUCUCAAAUACCUCCGUCAGGAAGCUGUGCUUCUCUCGGAGUUCGCGAAUAGUGCCAAGGCCGAAAUGGCCUUGAUGCGAGCAAUCCAGGAGUAUUGUUACGACAACAUCAAUUUCCUCAAGGUCUUCCAAAGGAUCGUGAUUCUCCUCUACAAGCAGGACGUCUUGUCGGAGGACACCAUCAACAAGUGGUACAAUGAUGGCCACACUCAGAAAGGCAAGGGCGUUUUCCUCGACCAGAUGAAAUCCUUCGUCGAAUGGCUCAAAACCGCCGAGGAGGAAUCUGAGGAAGACGAGGAUUAGACCGUGCUGCCUCGAGCCUGACUUCGAGCACAUCACCAAUUACUAUCUCGCUGGUUCCAACCUCUCCGAUCAUCAUCAACAUCAUUAUACGAUUCUCGAGGGGCGAGCCAGCCAGCGCAGGAGGGGAAACUUGAAGAAUGAAUUUGUAACUUGGCGACGCAUCCCGACACGGAGGGGGGAAAAGAAGGCCGACGAAGUCGCAGGCGAAAUUUUUCCCGAGGUUGAACGAUUCGACUGGGACGGACAGACAGACAAACACACUCACACAUUAGCGCGAGGAUCAAUAAUUGAAGAAGCGCCUGUUGUUGACUCGUGAAGGCACGGCGAAAACUGAAUUCGAAGGAGUUCACGUAGUCUUAUCAUAAGCAUGGGACGCUCGUGAGCUCCCCGCACAUGAGUCAGUCACCUCGUUCUCGAGGGAGGUGUCUCUUUCUUUUGGUGUCCUCGAAGAGAGGCGCUGAAAAUCCCAACCUCCUCCCUAUUAGCGGCCUAGUACCAACUAAUUAGUCGCUACUACUGAAUAACGUAGAGCGCGAGCUUUUCAAUUAUAUUUUUCUGGUCCCUCUACGACUCAUACGAGGUGAAGCCCCAGGGCGUGACUGAUGGUGGACAGGUCGAACUUCCGUCAGUCAAUCAGCGACUUACAAGCCAGCCAACUAUGCGACCGACCGGGCGGAAUACAGUUAGGCAGUCGAACCUGACGGACAGAUUUUCGAACGGACGGAUAGAAGAAUGGUUUUGUACCAUUGGAAUUCCUCUCCACCUUUAGGCAAGAAGAAACAAAUGAAUGGAUUCAAACCUGACUCUUCUAAAACUCCAUCUCGUUCGGUCCACGAAGCAACAAUAAGGAGUGCUUAUGUUUUUAUAAAUAUGUGGCAAUCGAA